AUGGGAAACUUCUCGGGCUGGUGGCUCGGCGAGGAGGACGGCCGCGUCGAGGAACGGUACCUGGCGCCGCAGGAAUGGGACCGCGUGCUGCGCGACGCCGGGUUCGCCGGCCUGGACGUCAUCCACUCGGACGAGCAGUUCAACAACAACAUGAUUGCCAUGCCGCUCCAGCCCUGGUCUCACGAAAGUAAGCCCCGGCCCGUCAUCUUGCUGCUGCCGGCUGCAACGCGGGACAAAGACGGGCUCGACAUCAGCGUCCUCAAGGAUGCUCUGUGUGCGAGAGGCCGCGAGGUCGGCGUAUGUCACGCAGACAAUCUCCCGCCCGCGGGCACCGACGUCAUCUUCCUGCUCGACGUCGCCGGGGAGCCCUUCUUCCAAGGCCUCGACGAGGCGCGGCUCCACUGGUUCCAGCGCCUCUUGACCUCGCUCGCCGACGACAAGGCCUGCGUGCUGUGGGUGACGGGGGCGGCCCAGCUGGGAUGCAGCGACCCGCGCUACGGCAUGACGCUGGGCGUCGCGCGGACGGUCCGCAGCGAGCUGGACCUGGACCUCGCGACCGUCGAGCUCGCCCGGCUCAACGGUCGACAUGCCGCCGGGUGGGAGGGCACCUCCUGCCUGGCCGCCGCCGCCGCCGCCGCCGCCUCCGGAGACGGCCUCAAGCCCAAGUACGAGUGGGCGGCAGGGGCCGACGGUGUGCUCCAGGUGGGCCGGUUCCAGUGGACGUCGGUGAAUCGCAAGCUUGGGCGCGGCGACGAGCCGGCAUCCGAGGCGUCCGAGGCGUCGGAAGGGACAUCAUCGCAGGCGGCACCGCGCAAGCUGGUCGUCGGCAAGCCCGGUCUGCUGAACUCGCUCCACUGGGUCCGGACCGAAGCCGGCACGGGCCGGCCGCCGGCCGCGGGGAUGGUCCGGGUGGCCGUCCGGGCCGUCGGCCUCAACUUCAAGGACGUCCUGAUCUCCAUGGGCAUCGUCGACGGCCUGGCCUGCGAGUGCUCGGGCGUCGUCCCGGCGACCGCCACCAGCUUCGAGUGUCUGGAAAUGGCCUGCGCCAAGAUCCCCGACCACCUCGCCUUCUCCGAGGCGGCGACCAUGUCGACCGUCUGCGGCACGGCCAUCUACUCGCUCAUCAACAAGGCCGGGCUGGAGAAGGGCCAGAGCGUGCUGAUUCACAGUGCUUGCGGCGGUACCCUCUUUGCACAAAUCUUCUGCACCGCCGGCAGCGAAGAUAAAGUCCGGCACUUGGUCAACGAGUGCGGCAUCCCGCGAGACCGCAUCUUCCAUUCCCGCAGCGUCGGCUUCCUCCAAGACGUCAAGAAAGCGACGGGCGGGCGCGGAGUCGACGUCGUUCUCAACUCCCUGUCGGGCGAGCUGCUCCACGCCAGCUGGGAAUGGGCCAGUCCUCGUACCUCUUGGUCGGCGGACUGGGCGGGCUGGGACAAGCGAUUGCUGUGUGGAUGGCCGAGGCUGGCGCGGCCGAGAGCGAGUGGCAUCCAUCUUCGUCUUGUUUGUGUGUGUGUAUGA